CGACAGAACUACAAACACAGCCGCGCGGCUACGGAGUCCACAAAUGGACAAUCGUCUUCUUUAUUAUAGCAAUUCCUUAUAAAUACUACGCGGACAUACGAAAGGCAUUGUUCUUCUGAAUGAUGAAAGUACAGUUACUGUGAGGGGAGCUGAGCAUAAUAAUUCAGUCAUGAUAUACAUUCGAAGAGUUGGUCCCCUUGUGCUACACAAGAGUCAGAGAGACAAAAAAAAAAUUAGAUUCGUUCUCAUGGUGACUGCCCUCAUAAUAUCCAUAAGCCUUGUCCUCAAACUCCUGCAGGCAAAUCCUGAAUUAACAUUAUCAAAUUUAGUAGAAAGGUCAGAAGGGGGAGCAGCUUCUUUCCAGCUGAAAACUGAUGAUCCCAAAGAUGAUGGUCCUAGAGGCAAAUGUGGCCUCGCAAAACCAUGUGCUGGAAAUGAUUAUACAUUUAAGAUUUACAGUGGCGCAACAAACAUAAUUGGACCACAAAUAUGCUUUGAGGGGAAAAUGAUAAUAGAGAAAGACAGACGAGGAAAGCGACCAGGAAUUAAUAUUGCUGUCAUCAACGAAAAAACGGGUGAACACAUCAAGACUGGCAUCUUCAAUAUGUGGAACGGAAAGGUUGAGGAGCUGAUAGAGUUUCUGAAGUCAAUCGAGGAUGGUUCUCUUGUGUUGAUCGCCACUUUUGAUGAUCCAGCCACAAAACUUAAUGAUGAAGCAAGGACACUUAUUGCAGAGCUUGGAAGUUCAUAUAUUUCCCAGUUGAAAUUCAGAGAUAAUUGGCUCUUUGUGGGAGGGAAGAACACAAGAACACAAGUCACUUUUGAGCAGCACCUAAAGAAUGACAGGAAAACCAAUAAGUACGAAAGCUGGCCAGAAAUGAUUGAGAUGGAAGGUUGCAUACCUCGAAUAGACUGAUUUUUCCUGCAGCACAAUUUGAUCUGCCAAAUAAUGCCUUUUAAAUCAGGCCUCAGAUGAUGUUUUCGCAUCUACGGUUAAUAGAACGAGCUGAGCCACGAUGCAUUUUCCGAUGUGUUUCAUGAUAUACAGACUGCUAUUUGUCUACUUUUGUGGAAAUACCAUUCUGUUAAUAUUUCUGAGGCCAUUUCACUGUUUCAACUUUGGUGGUGAAAACUCUUAUGAUAGAGGUUAUCCUGGAAAUCAUUUUAAUUUUGAUAUGUUUGUGAACAUUUUGAUAAAUGUUUGAACAUUUUUGAUAAUGUUUAUUUUUGUUGUCUUUUUUUUUUUGGAGGUGUUUUUUAAAUGUCAUU